CUGUCGUCGGUGUCGGUAACGUUUUCCGGAAUGGUCUGUCCUCAGUGAAAUGCUUCUCACUGCUUAAAGACAUUUGCACGUGAAAUUCGAAUUAUUUAUUAACAUAAGGAAUUAUUAGUGUGCUGGUGACGAGAGAAGCUUUUCAGUCAGUCAUGUUCAGGCACUGCAGGACAUUUUCACAUUGUGUCUUAAAAUGUCAGACAAAUUAUGUACUUUCAAAACCAGUUAGGAUUAUUUUGCCCUGGUCCCCAUUCACGUGUACCGCAUCCCCACGUACUCAUUCUACCAACAUCAAGAUGCGCUCCUACUUACAGUACAUGAAAAGGAAAGUCAAAGGUGCACCAGCUCCUCCAUACAAUCAUGUGUGUCAGGUUGGAGAUCCUGUGCUACGUUCACAGGCUGCGGCGGUGGAACCCGGAGCCAUUCAGGACCCAGAAGUGCAGAAGGUCAUAAAGACCCUAGUCAAGGUGAUGAGGAAGCUUGAGUGUGUCGGCCUGAGCGCACCCCAGAUUGGUGUUCCUCUACAAAUACUAGCCUUGGAGUAUCCAAAGAAAAUGCUGGAGGACAGCUCAAUCGCUUCUAUUGAAGCUCGGGGUCUGGUGGCAGUGCCUCUUAUGAUUUUUGUAAACCCACAGUUACGUGUACUAGAUGGACGCACUGUCAUCUUUCAAGAGGCCUGUGAGAGCAUCUGUGGGUUUUCAGCAACUGUUCCACGCUACGUGUCUGUAGAAGUCUCAGGUCUUAAUGAGAAAGCGGAGCCCGUCAGCUGGCAAGCGAGUGGCUGGCCAGCCAGAAUACUGCAGCAUGAAAUGGAUCAUCUUAAUGGAGUGUUAUAUAUCGAUCGCAUGGACAGUAAAACCUUCAUCAAUGUAAAAUGGGAAGAGUAUAAUGAAUAAAGCUUUGAGAACUACAUUACCUUACCUUUGGAUCUCAGAGAAAAUGGAUGUUCUUGUCACUCCUGUGUUAUCUAAAACAAGCAUUUAAUCACAUUUCACACGCAGAAAUGAUUUCUCAAAUUGGGCAUUUACAAGCAAGCUAGAUUAGACUUAGCCUUUGCAGAUAGCAUAUGGAAAUAACAACUUCAUCUGCAAUAGUAGGACAUUUUUUGUAAUAUGGUGACUGUAUGUCCUCUUUUUUCUAAACUGUUUAAACUGUCCACGUUUUGGAUUUGUUUUCCUAUUGUUUUCAUACUUUCUGAUGGUAACGAUUGAAAAGUAUUCUGACCAUUAGUGUGCAGGCAUUGUACAUAAUUGACCAAUCAUGGCACGCAAACAGUCAAAUCAAUGCAAAUACAUGUACCUGCAUACGUGUACUGUAGAGAGCACAUCAAUAAGAGAAGAAAGCCUAAACCUGGACAUUUUAGGCAGUUUAGAAGGACAUAUAAAUAUGAGAGUACAUAUGGUCACUAUAUGUAAUAGUAAUAUUUAGAAUUUCAUUUAAGCACAAGCAGAGUUCUCCUUUAGAUCCUUUAUUUUUAUAUGAAUUCCAAUAAAAAAAUCAUAAUACCAGUACAUUAUAUUUAAUAAUUAUAGGGCAGUAUAUCACUCUAAACCACAGUGAUUGGUUGGAGUUGUUGCUAAGUCCCAAAGCCAUAAUUUUCCAGAACACAUCAUACCAAUAACUGAAUACAUCAAAUAUUGUAGUGGCCAUCACACAAUCUCACCAAUAACAGACAGUUUCAAGCCAUGUUACUGUAUGACAGGGGUGUCCAACCCUGCUCCUGGUGAGCUACCAUCCUGCAUAUUUCAGCUCUAACCCCAAUCAA